AUGGAACCCAAAAUAUUGAUAUUGAUCAUCAUCGUUAUCAUCACCACUCCCCUUCCUUGUCUCUCUUUUCAAACCUCAUCCGGCAAAACACCACCACCAACUUCUUCUCAAUACAAAACUCCAGUCCGCAACACCGUUCAGCAGCAGUUUCUCCGACCACACAACACCUUACGAGCCAAGCUUCGUCUCCCUCCUCUCAAAUGGAGCAACAAUCUCGCCCUCUACGCGACUAGGUGGGCACGAACCCGCCUAGGAGACUGCAAGCUUGUCCACUCCGGUGGACCUUACGGAGAGAAUCUCUUCUGGGGAAGCGGAAAAGGGUGGACCCCACGAGACGCGGUGGUUGCAUGGGCCUCGGAGAAGAACCACUAUGACCGGAGGACAUACCGAUGCAUGAAUGGGGAUUGUUUGCAUUACACGCAACUUGUGUGGAAGAAGAGCUUGAGGAUUGGGUGUGAAAUUAAUUUUUGCAAGAGCGGUGGUGGCACAUUUAUCAUUUGUAAUUAUGAUCCUCCGGGUAAUAUUGUUGGACAACCACCCUUUUGA